AUGGGGGUCUUCCCAGAGGAACGAGAAUGUAGAAUUCAGACCCAGUCGUCCUAUGAUACUCUCGGGUUCCUCAACGAAAUUCGUAAUCGCCGUUGGAGGUGGAGUAUGGAGCAAUUUUGGGGAUUGCCUUGGUUCGAAAGUGGUGAUGCCCGAUGGAAAGCAAGAUUUACUCUCAACCGUAACACCGAAGAUAUGAACUUCGGACUACUCUCUGACUUGUGGGAGGAAAGUGCUUGGCUAUCGCAAGCGUCAAGCAUCUUUCACAAACUCGGAAUCUCACUGGACGAAGACCUUUCUCAGUACGACCUUCAAAGCUCACCGUGCCUGGCAUAUGGCUUGAAGGCCAGAUCAGCAACCCCGAACCUGCACGUCAAUGGCGCCAAGACGUCCCUGCCAUCUACCUAUUCGUUAUUCCUGGCCACUGUUCUACUUCCCAACUCCACUUCUGGUCUCACGACGACGCCGGUCACACACGAAUUCCAACCACAACAUGCAAUCAGCUCGGUCUCCCUACAAAACUCCAUGUGCGCGUAUCCCCAUCCCGUCAAUAUUCGUGGCCAAGCAAGACGUAUAAAGACGUCUACGAAUGGCAGGUUAAUCGUGGAUUUGACCCUCAAACCACCGAUUUCGCUCGUUACCUCGGACAUUCCAUUUACGAAGUUGUACGCCACCCGGAAUACAGUGAAGUGGAAGGUACUAUGGUCAUAG